GAAGAAGAAGAAGAAGAGGAAGGAGUAGCACAUGGUAAGACACAUGGGGUUGCUUGCAUCUGAACAUAUCUUAAAAAGAGUAUUAUUACAGAGCUUAUCCAUUACACCGCUAUAAAAAUAGAAGGCAAUUCAGCAAUUGGAGCUCAAGCCUCAGGUCAGUAUUCAAAAGCAGGAAGCUCUCGACUCCUCUCUCUCUCUCUCCCUCUGUCCCUGUCGUUUCAAACUUCAUACCCUUUCCAAAUUAUCUUCUUUAAUUUCCUUUGAUCUUUUUCUGAUCACCAAUGGCAUCCAAGAAUAUUUUCCAUGCAAAAGGAGAAAACAAUAGCUGCAUUCUUGAAAACCCAGAUGGUGAUUUUAAUCCUGUGAAUGAUUCUGAAAAUCUUUUUGAAUUUUCUGAGGCAGAUAUUUGGACUGAUAAUAGUGCUGAUUCUCAAUUGGAGGCCAAGAAAAUUGUACCUAGUUCGCGUACGUCAAGAAAAGGUGGCAGAAAUCUGGUGGUGGAAAGGAGUAACCAGCCGAUGACCUGCGCUGCCUCAUCACUGCCGGUGAAUAUACCAGAUUGGUCCAAGAUUUAUAUGGAUCAUCAUCAUGAUCAUGGUCAAGAUGAUUAUGAUGAUGAUGAUCAUGGUGGUGAUGAUGAUGAAGAAGGUAGGGUUCCUCCCCAUGAAUAUUUAAUCAGAAGGAGAGGAGCUUCAUUUUCUGUUCAUGAAGGCAAAGGGAGGACAUUGAAAGGGAGAGACUUGAGGCAGGUGAGAAAUGCAAUUUGGGAGAAAGUUGGGUUUGAAGAUUAGCAAAAUAAAUAACUUAAUAAUCAAGGAGAGACUAGAAUAAUUAGAUGGGGAUUAUUAUUUUUAUUAUAUGUCAUAGAGAUGAGGAUCAUGCAGUAAGUUCUCUCUGGUUAUGGGUGUUUUGGAAGCAUAAUCAAAGGAAGAAGAAGAUGAUGAUGAUGAUGAUCUUAUGACUUGUAAUUCUUAUCUUUUUCAAGUUUGUGUUAUCAAGAAAACUGAUGGUCACUUUUUUUUUUUUUCUUCUUCUUUUUUUCCUAUGAGAUCAUUAUGUAUGAGAAUUGGAGACAAGAAACUUGAGAAGAGGAAGAGAAU